AUUCGCGCCGAAAACAAAACGAUGGUGCAAAAAAUGUAUUGAAAUUGUGAAAUUUGUGUUUACUUGUGUGAUUUAUUUGUUUUGAUGGAUGAAAAGCGCUACAUAAAGCGCAAAGAAAAAGCGCGGAUUGAUGGCAAUCGCGAACAAUUGGCAGUCAGCUGUAAUCAACUGGGCGACUUUUACUAUCAACUGGGAAGAUACAAUGAGGCCGCCAAAGAGUAUAAACAAGAGGCGGCAAUAUAUAGCAGCAUGGGCAAGGAGCUGGAGACGGCAAAGGCGAAGCGCAUGCUGGGCGAAAUGUUCACUUUGCUUUGUGAAUACGAUGCUGCCAAGGAUCACAUCAAUGAUUAUCUAAAAAUUGCCAAAAGACUACAAAACAAAGUGGAGCAGCAGCGGGCCUAUGCAACGCUAGGACGGGUACACCUCCUGCACGGACAGAGUCUAUCAGAGACGUCAGCCUCCGGUGCUAUGGAGCAAUUAAAACUGGCGGAAAAAAGUUUUCUGCGGAGUCUUUUGCUAAUUAAAGAGCUUUCAGGUCAGAUUUCGAAACUAGAGCAAUUGGAUAUGCAAGCGCGUUGUUACCUCAACAUUGGCGUUGUGAAAGAGCAUAUGGAAGAGUUCGAGGCCUCAAUCGAGUACAUUGAUAAAGCUAUUAAAAUCAGCAAAACUCACGAUUUGUUCGAACUGACCCACUUGUGCUACAUUUCGAUGAGUUUGCUUUACAAUUGUAAGAAGAACGACGCCGCGUCUGCGUUGCGCUACUGCAAUAUGGCACAGGAAGUUGCCAAGCGUUUGCCCAAUAAGGUGAAGAAGAUCUGUGAGACACUUAUAACCAAAUCAGAGAUCCUGAUCAGUGCUGGAGACUUUGCUAGUGUGAAGCAAAUACUGACCAAGGCGUAUAAGAAGCAUUCCCCCGAUGAGAAUGACCGUGCCACUAUUGAGCGAUCAUUGCGUGUUGUGGUCAAGAUUUGCCAAACCCUUGAUGAGCUGGUGCUGACAAGCUCGGUAAACUAUGCCAAACUAAAAGAUUUGUACGAGAAACUAGGCGAUGGCUGCUGCCAUUUGCUGAAUUAUGAAAAGGCCAUCGACUACUAUAAAAAAAUGCUGGAAAAUGCGGAGCUAAACGGGGAACGAGGCAAGAGCUUGGUGCCUAUCUAUGUGAGCCUGUAUCAAACCUACAAGGAUAACAAACAGUACGAUAAGGCGCUGGAGUAUUUGUGGAAAGAGUAUGAGCUUAAUCAGGAUAUGCCAGGGGAGGCAUUUACGACGCUGUGCAGCAUUGCGGAGAUCUGUGAGCUGCUAGCGCAGCCAUUCUGGACAAUACAUGAUGUGUACCAAAAAGCUUUGAGACAAGCAGCCAAGGCCGAUGAAUCAUCGUCCGCAAAGCUGGAGAAGAUUGCUUUAGUGCGCUUACAUAAGCUUCAGCUAAAGCAUAAAAUGACCAUGCUAGCCGAAAACUUAGAGGCUGACGCUAAGGCCAAGGGAAUCAAUCUGGCUGAGGAAGCAGCAAAGCUGGACGAGGAUGAGGAUGCUGAAAGCGACGUGCCUGCAGCUUUGCAGCAGAACACACCUGACUGGGGGGAUGAUGUGGAUUUGGAUGCACUCACUGAUUCCGAUGCCAGCGAUCUCGAUGAGACGGACAAACCCCGCCCACAGCGCAUUACUCGCGGCAACCGCACACUCACUAUCAAACGCAACAACAAGGGCGAAACUCAGCUGCAUCAGGCCUGCAUAGCAGGCAACCUGGAAUUGGCGCGUCGUUUGAUCGAACAGGGCCACACGGUGAAUGUACGCGAUCAUGCUGGUUGGCUGCCUCUACACGAGGCUUGCAACCAUGGCCAUCGUGAUAUUGUCGAGCUGCUGCUGGACAAGGGAGCUACAGUGGCGAUCAAUGACAAGGGCGGAACUAGUUGUGAUGGCAUUACACCGCUCUACGAUGCCUGUGCUAAUGGUUAUCUGGACGUGGCCGAGUUGCUAUUGGAGCGGGGAGCCGAUGCAACUGUACGCACAGACUACAAUGAAACUUGUAUUGAGGGAUUGGACAAAUGGCGGCAAUCCAAGCAACUACUCGAUGGCGAACAGGCGCAGUAUGCCCAGCUCCGCGAAACGCUUCUGCGAACGCUCUCCAAGGUGGGCAUAUGUAGCAUGCGACAGGCACGUCCCUUGACCAAUGCCAAUGCCCAGCCAUCUUCUAGUGCUUCAGCUUCUUCAGAAGCUGAAGAGGAGGAGCUUGAGCUGGCGUCACGCACCCUUAGGCGCUCCUUUAACAUGCACAAUCGUUCAGGCAGCUCGACACACAGUCCGCGUCAGCCAUCAAGCGCUAGCAAGGAAUAUCGCAACGUGAUGGCGCAACUUAAGCGUCCAAAUCGUACACCCGCCACUUACGAUGAGCCAAGCAGUAGCACGGCCCUCAAUGUCAGGCAGAAGCGUGCCGCGCUCUUGGAUGAUAAUGAAGUAGACGCAGAUAACUGGCUAAUCGAUGAUAUAGGACCAGAGCGCAAGCGAAAGCGGUAUAAUUCGGGCAGCAUUGGUAGUCGACCGAUUAAUUCAAAGGAGAAUCUGCAGGACUCCGCUCUGGCUUGGGAUGCGGAGAUCCAGGCCACGCCUCCAGAGCAGGAUGCUCAUCAGCUGUUACUCGAGGCAGCCAAUUCGAAGCAGCGGCAAAAGCAAAUGCGUAAGCUAACGCUCUCGCGUUCCUCCAGCAUGAGCAGCAAUAACAGUAGCAGUAAUUCUAAGCCCAAGCAGCAGGCAUCUCUGCUGGACAGCGGCUUUUGUCGCUUUCGCAGUGAAAGUCCUUUAGGCAGUGGCGAGGAUUCGACUGAUGGGGCUUCGUUGAUAAGCUUCCGCACGCACACGGAACCGGAUUCCACAACAAGUGGUGCACAAAAUGCUGGCAUUCAGCUACUUAUCUCGCCGUCUAAAAUGGCAUCACCCAUUAAAGUGCAAGCCACGCCAGUGCUGGCAACCACUGUGUCCUUCAAAGUCAAAGUCCAGGACGAACUGCUGCUAGUGCCAAUUGAGCGCAAAAAACUACAGGAUAUUAACAUGCGCUGGCUGGCCGAAGAGACAGGGCGACGUUAUAAUAAAUUAACUGGACUCACGCCUUUGUUGCGUCUCAAGACAUCCGAUGGCUUUGCCUACGAGGAGACUGAUUCAGUAAGCGUUGCGCUUGAGCAGAAUAUGCUAUUAUCCACAAUUCUAGAUUGGAAAAUUUCACCACUUUCUCAACGCUAUGAGGAAAUGUGCCAUCAAUUGCAGAAAGCUGUCGACGAUAAGAUAAAGGUACGGUUGGAGCGUUCACAAAGUACACUCACACUGGAACUGUCGAGUCUGUGGCUACGUGACGUUCAAACAGAGCCACUGUUCAAGGCCUUGCUGCAUCAGGCGCGUCUCACACUGUUAGAUUUAUCCUUCAAUUUCAUUGGCAACGAGGGCUGUCAGCAGUUAGCCAAGGCGCUGCCCACAUUAUUGCAAUUGAAGACAUUGCGACUGAAGUGUAAUGGGAUCAGUAAUCUAGGUCUCGAGGCUCUGCUUUGCGGUACGGAUAUUGAAAAUUUGGAGAACUUAGAGGAGCUACAACUUAGCCAAAAUCCGCUGGGCAACGCCAGCCUGCGGACCUUGCAUAAGUUUUGUGCUAGUCGAGCUGGUCGAGCGUUGACAACGCUGAAUCUUUCACAAUGUGAGUUGACCGAGCUGCAGGACUUUGAUCUGGCGUAUACGCAAUUGACCAGCUUCGAUAUUAGCUUCAAUCAGCUAUCGCAGCAAAGUGUGCGCCGAUUGACAGAGAAGUUGAAUAGUUGUCGCCUGGAGCACUUAAAUAUGAGCUACGUACGUUGGCCACUGGAUGAACAGAGUGGAUUUGCGCUCGGAGAGCGUCUGGUUUCGCUACUCGAGAGCGGUACUAGUGAGAGAUUUGUGCGAUUGGAACUUGCUGGCUGCGGGUUGAUUGAUGCGCAUAUUUACAAGAUGACACAACAGUUGGCCAAGGCACAGCAGCUGGAGUGGUUGGACAUUAGUGACAAUGAGCGCUUGAGUGGAGCUGCCCUGGGCUAUGUGCUCGAUGAGCUGCCCCAUCUUCGCGUUCUCUUGGCCACGAAUUGUAUACGUCUGGUAGACGAUCUGCGACUGCUGAAACUGGAGGAACAGAAACAACUGCCCAAGCGCAUGGAACUGAGCAUCGAUGAGCAGGCAUUCUCCUUACCAGGUGCCUUCACCACAUUGGCAGCCAUUUGGCAGUUAAAAUGGGGUGACAAUGCCAAAUGCUUGACUCCCAGGGGCAAAAAGGGUCUGCUAAGACUCUAUUUAGACGAAAGUGAUCUGCAUUGGUGCACUGGAUGAAGUCAAUGUGAUAUCUUUUGUUAUUUGUGUUCUUUACGUCUUUUAUGUCCCGUUUUAUGUUUGACGUACGAAAAUAGCCAUAACUCCUAUCAGAAGAACCAAGGGGGCAGACUGUCAAGAACUUUCGUAUCUUAUCAGCAAGCGUUUUCGAGCGCCCCAAUUUAGGCUCGCGAUUUGGUGUCUUCUAGCUAAGAUUGUAUGUAUGUUAUCUAUAGCAAUAAUAUGUACUAUAUGACUACCCCUA